AUGUCUAUGCACUGGUUCCCGACAACCAUCACACUGAGCCGGGCACCAUCAGCCGUUCCCGUAAGUUCUACUCCCGUCGAAAGGGGACUCUUUUCCACGCCCUCCCGCCACGCCCUCCCCACGGCCAACCCCCCUUCAAGCACCCACCAAGAGAGAUCCCCCAGGACAAGCAGCUCCAGUCCGCAAGCCCACCAAACCAGCACCCUCCGUCUCCCACCCUUCCUCCCAGACUUCUUCGCAGCUCCGGUCCCAGGGGCGCGCGCCCGAAAUCCCGCCAACAGCAGCGCCACUGCACCCCCCUUCACGGCGACAGCCCCCCCUCGCUACGAGGAAGCCGUCCGCCCACCCGGCCGUAGUAGCUACUUCCUCCCCAACCCACCCCCCGGCAUCUCCGCGGGGCCCUACAACCUCCGCAGCGUCGAGCACCGCCGCGUCCUCGCGCGCCUGCGCCUCCUCCCCGAUGACCCCUCGCACGCGGACCCCGCGCGCGGCAUCACGCCCGCGCCGCCGCCGGGCUUGCUGUUUCGGCGCGGCGCGCUGGCGGGGUACAGACCCUGGUGGGAGAGCGGGCGGACCGGCGGGGGCGACGUCUUCUCUGGGGCUAUGACGGCGAGUGCGGAGCGGGACGAAAGCGCGGCGGACGACGGCGAGGAGGUCGAGGAUGACGAUGACGAAGACGAAGACGAGAGUGAGGUCGAGGACGGGGGCGAGCGGUGGGAGACGAUAUCGACCGGAGGGGCAGAGGAUGCGGAGGAGGAGCAUCUCCGGUGGGAGACGCUGCGGGCGCGCGAGAGGGGGUUUGUCUCGUCGUGUCGGCGCUGUGUCUAG